GUUCUCUCGAAGCUUUCUCUGUUGAGAACUCGCAGGGUCAAAGUCAUAAAACAUGAGGUCACUUCCCGCCAUACUUUGUCUUGUUUCAGUUGUUGUGUGCGUUUUGUCAUUUCCAUCUGCCUUCAAGGUAAGCCUGCUUCAAGGCAACAUGUUUUACAGCAUGUAAUCAGUAAAUACCUCAAAGGUUUAUUGAAAAGUUGCAUCGACCUAGAUUUCUCUCGUAGAAGAUUUCCAUUUCUUAUUAAAUCAUAGUUUUGAAUUAUCAUACAUCAUACCAACAAGUUAGGGUCUGUUUUCAUUCGAUAUCCAGACAGCGAGAAGUGGGUUGUUGCAGCAGCACUUUAUUUCACAUCGACUUAUAGGUGUUUGUAUAGUUAAGAAACUAGUGUUGAGUGUUAAGAGUGUUCGAUAUAGCUUCUCAAAUGAAGGAUAUGUCUUAAAGGAAUCCAAUGCUUCAGUUCACAACAAUGUCAAUUUGAGACCACGCUACAUUUAACACUGACUCUAAAGGGCCGUAGAGGACUGUUCCUUUCAAAAUUUUCCCUAUUGAUGUGCACAUAAAGGCAACUUUUAUGGGAAGAUAAUUGAAAUAAGUCUCAUUUGGAGCUUCAAGUGGUAUGAAAUAUGAAACAAAAAAAAGCUAUAAGGAUCUACCCUGAUUUCCAGACCUACAGUAGUUCAUACAUCCUUUAAUAAACUCCAGUUCACCUGCAUCUAUCUCGGUUCUUUGUAUCUCUCUUUCAGUAGUGUUGAUAAAACCGGCAAAGGCGCUUUAAAGAUAAGCACGCCUUCGUUCGGGUGUUGAAUUUAACUUAAUAACUGAGACAAUAGCAUUUCAAUAAUUUUCGAAUAGAUAACGAUGAGCACUGAGAGAACAUUGAUUGAAAUCGGCUUAUUACAGACCAUUUACAAAGAUGACUUUCUUGGGGCCCACUUUAAUUCUCUGCAAAGAGAAUACUGAACGGUGGAUUGUGUUUUUCCAAGCGCAAGUUAGAAAAUUUCGGAAAGAUUUUUUCUUGCUUUGUUCUUAGUGGAAUUUAAGCUAUAUUUAGUUUUUCUGGGUCAACUUAAAAGAUUUGCGGUGAUCGGAGAAUGUAGAUAUUGCUGACUUUCUGUCUCUGUACUAAGUGAACCUUAGACUCUGGACCCAAUUCAAGCUCGUUAGUCACGUUUGCACACGCUGUCCGUGCGUGAAGUACAGCAGACAAAACAACGUCUCAGACUUCAACUUCAAAUUAUGGGUUAAAACAACAGCUAUGGGUAUCUCGGUGUAUGGAAAAGACUAUCUGACUGAAAUUUAGGUUUUGUUGGAUGUACCACGGUUGGCUAUGAUGACUGAAUAAGGUUUGAAAUCAAGAAGGUCGUGACAAGAAAGGUGCUCGGAAAUACUGAGCCCAAAAAAUUGGGGUUGGGUUGAAACUGCCCUCACGUAUUCAUAUCUUAAGUUUCUUUAGCACAAGGUUCUUAUUAAGAAGCAUGGACAACCGCGACCUUGAAAGCUCAAUCUCCGCACUUCCAAUUAUGUUUCCUCAGUGUCGGUUGGAUUUUAAUGAAACUUUUUAUUCUACAUUAUCAGAAGUGUGGAAAUAAGAGUUGAGAUGUGUCUGGAUUUUUUCCCGGGCUCUCAAAGCUUUUCCUUAAAAUCUUCUGACGUAACUCUUCGAGCUGCAUUUUACCACAAAUCAUAGCUGGACUCUUUUCAAGUUUCAAGUGUUUCUUGUGAAUAUGAAAUGACAAACGUCCUGAAUUAGUCUGCAUAACAACCGUUUCUAUCCAACGCAUAUACACGCAUUUAGGAUUGAAAUCACUAUUCUUACAGUUUAUUAACAAUUUGAGUAAAAAUCACGGCAUGAGCCGAGUUACGUUUUCAUGUAUGUCUUAUGUUUAACUUUUCUUCCAGGGCAAAAUCGGAAAAGUGCCUUUCAUUAAAACAAGACAUGGUAAGCUGUUAUGUCAUUGUUAAGAAUGUCCGUAGCAGCUUUUAAUAUUGAAACAACUGUGUAAAACCGUAAACAAAACUACAUCCGUUUGGUGUUAAAAGACUAAAACGUUUGUAUUGUCUGUGGCCUUUUCCUUUGUUCCUUAAUUAAACUACAUAUUAAUGAAAUUGCGAAAUUCAUUGCUGUAGCUUUGCAAAAGAAGUCUUUUCUUUCAAAGAAUCACGGUUAUACCCUAAAAACAUGUCCAUAAUAAUCUGAAAUGAAACGUUUUUAUGGAAAGUAAUAGGUCUUUUAAGACUGAUGAGCUUUUAAAAGCUCAUCAGUUUACUCAAAAGAGUCAAUUAUUUUAUAGGCACUUUUUCUUUUUGUAUCGGAAAGCUAACAAAAGACAAAAUAAACAAAAAAUAAAUAAAACAAAAGGAAAUACAUUUAAACUCUACCCUAUACAAACAUUCUUCGUGUAAAGAUUCAAGAUGCUGGUGCAAGGGACUUUGACUGACAUUAAGAUACAUACAUGGUUAUGCUUUUACUGAGUACACGAUGGUUUAUCAGGGCGAUUUAAUAUGGUAGGAAAUUGAAAGAUUUGUAUGAAAUUCAAAGCUAAAUACAGUCAACUCUCUCUAAGACGGACACCUUUGGGACCGGCACUAAGUGUCCGUCUUAGAGAGGUGUCUAGCCUGAGUAUCAGGCCUCCUUAAGGGGCUAGGGGAGAGGAGAUUUUACAUGGGGGAGGGGGGAGGGGGAGAAGAGAAAGGAAGCAGCUCUCUCCCUUUUUCACUUCCAUCUUUCCCCUUUUCCCCAGAAACGCCUGAUACUCAGGCUAAGAGGUGUCCGUCUUAUAGUGAGUCAAAAAAGGCAGGGACCAACUCUAAGUGUCCGUUUUACAGAGGUGUCCGUUAAGAGAGAGUCGACUGUAGUUGUUCUUUAACUUAGUGUCUUAAAGCUACGGUAACGAAACGGACAACAGAAACGUGCAACUUGUUUUUCAACAUUGCUGCAAAACGAGUUGAAAAGCGAUGUUGCGCGUUUUACCACCCACGUUCUUUCUUAUCUUCCAAGAAAUUCAGGUUACUGUUAGUUGCGUGAAAGUUGACUUCUGGCCCCAGUUGUUCAAAAGGUGGAUAACGCUAUUCACCCUUGGGGGGGGGGUACUUGGCUAAAUUUGGCAGGGUAUGUGCCGCUGAUCUCUCAGAGCCCCUACCCCAUUAUAGUCUAUUCUGUGACCAAUUAUAGACCCCAUCUUAGUCACUUUUGGGCAAAUAUGUAUUUUCGCAAUCCCAACUUUGUCACUUUCUAAUUUUACGAACUUACCCAUUUUUUAGAUUGGAUGAAGAACACUUUACCUUUCAUAUACAGUACAAACAUUCUGGUACGUUUGGUAACCGUAAAUAUGAAGAACUUUCUUACCCCAAAAAAUCCGAAAAUGUGCGACCCCAUUCUAGUAACUCUAUUGAAAAUGCGACCCCAUUAUAGUCAAUCCACUUGUGAAAAUGCGACCCCAUUCAGCGACACAUUCCCAUUAGCCUCUUUUAAGGAAGUAACCCCCGGGGCUAUUCACCGGAUAACUCAAUAUCUAGCGCAAUUGGUUUCCCUAACACCUAUCCGUUCAUAGGCUAGCGCUAUCCAACUUUUGAACAGCUGGGUCUGAUUGGAUACAAUCAUGCGGUAGUCACGCCAUAUACGGAAAUUACGUCACGUUUGCCUUUUGCCGGUUAAACGCGCAACACACACCAAUUUUGUAACAAAAGUAUAACUAUACCUCGAUCUACUUUCUGACAACUAUUUGCAACCUACAACAACCUGAUUUGUUGAAAGACAGAUUUGAUUCGUGGGUGGUAAAACACGCAUCAUCGCUAUUCAGCUGAUUUUGUGCAGGAAUGUUGCAAAACAAGUUGCACGUUCUUGUUGCUCGUUUUACUGUACCUCAAGACAGUCUACUUGAAGAACUAAAAAGAAUUUAAAAAUGCUAAGACAUUAUUUCGAUUUUUGUUUUCAAGUUUGUAAAAAAAAAAAAUGCUAAGACAUCAUUGCGAUUUUUGUUUUCAAGUUUGUAGUAAAAAGCCGACAUUUUUCAAAGAUCACCAGACGGAUUCAUAAGGUUAAUUUCCUAAAAUGGGAACUGGGUCCAAAUAUGUAAAUCCACGCGACGUAGGUUAUGACUACACGAUAUCGCAUAGCUCUUUCACCGGCACGAAAACCGUAUCGGAUAGAGCUUCUAUUCACACAAGAGGGCGGUGAUUUCGGCGCGGUUUCUGUAACGGAGCGAAGCUGCCCCGCGUCGAUCCUGAAAGUGGAUCAUCAUACAUUAGACCGGGCCGGGUUGUUCGAAGCUGGGUUAAGAUAACCCACGGUUAGCGCGAAAUUUGAACUCAGUUAUACUUAAAAAGCAAAUUCAGUAUUUGACGAUUGGAUACUCUAAAAAGAAUAGAUCCGAGAGAGUGCUUUUGAUAAAAAGAUAAGGAAACCCGGGUUAAAACCUAACCCCGGGUUAGUGCUAACCGGCGUUCGAACAACUAGGCCAAGGUUGAUGUGACACUCGUUAACGCAGUGUGAACAGGAAGGAGUUCAUACUUAACCGGAUAGCCGUUCACGUCCACAUGAAAAGCCAUUCGGUAUUGUCUACACAUACGUAGCCUUAUUAAGCUUGAAUUUCCCUCAACCUUGCCCUGAUUACCCAUCUUGAACCUAAGGACGUGAACCAGUCUAUGACCAAAAUCUGUUAGAAAUAAACCAUCAAGAUAACAGCUCGUUAUAACCUUUUAUUUAAGCAAUAGGCCACACUUUCUGAGGGUUUACCGGCGUGAUAACCCGCGCGGGGUGUUGGGAGAACACCAGAAAUGCUUGUAAAUCACUGGCCGAAGGCGAGUGAUUUACAAGCUUCUCGAGUAGUCUCUCAACAUCCCAAGUCGGUUAUCACGCCGGUAAACCCAUAGAAAGUGUGGUCUAUUGCUUAAUUAUAAAAUAACUUUAAGUUUUCUAUGAGUUUACCGGCACAAUAAACCAUAGGUUUUUAACCAAUCAGAAAGCGCACUAUCUUAGUUUUUUUUAUAAAGUGAUAUAUGCUCUAAAUUGCUUUGCAAAGUGGUCGACUGGACUCUGGAGACAUAAUAAUCAAGAUAAUCAAUAUACAUCAGGAGUACGAAACUCAAACUAAAUAUCUAACUAAAAUUGUCAAUUGUUUUAAGCUCGUAACCUGUUGCAGUUUGGAAACAUGAUCCAGUGUUCCACAAAUCGAAGCAUGUGGGAUUAUUAUGAUUAUGGCUGCUGGUGUGGGUAUGGAGGAUCAGGGCAGCCUGUGGAUGGCACUGACAGGUAAUCAUUCCUUCUGGGUGCAAGAGCCAGGAAGCAAUGUAUUGUAGUUCUACUGAGCCUUAUAAUGGCCUAAUGGCCUCUUUUUGAGGCUUCACAAGAGGUAUGUGAAAAAGAAGGGGAUUUUAGUAGCUGGCGUAUAUGAAAGGGUGGGAAAAUCUGUCAGUUUGGUCUUUAAAAAGGCCCAGAAGGGCUAACAGAUGAAUUUUAUGGCUGUGAAAGAAUGAGAAAACGUUCUGGUUUUGUGAUAAUUUAUAUCUAAAAGACGGUGCAUUUACAGCAGUUAAAAGGGAUGCAAAAGGGGUAUUUUAAAGUGGUGUUUUGUCAAUAGAGGGUAUUCGAAAUGGCUACCCUUUUCUGUCAAAAAUCGUUUAUAAAAAGGGUAAGGGGUUGGACCUUAGGGACGAGCCUCUAGCUACUAAAAGUUUGUUGUUUACCCCUCUAAUCCCACCGCUGGGAGUUCUAUUCAUUGAGGACAGAAUGAAUCCUUGCGGAUUUGAGGGAUUACAGAAUUUAGUCUAGUAACAGAUGGAUUGGGAUCGGCCGUUUUUAUGCUAUGUUUGACGACUUUAAGAACGUCCUCUCUUAAUUUUGCAUCUGAACGAAGCACUUAACAGACGACUUUAAAUUCGUCUAGUACUGACUGUAAACUGGAACGCAGUUAUGCUCAAUUUGUCCAGAAACCGGACUAGAAAGAGGCAGUGUUUUGUCCCCUCUCUUUGUCGCGGUGUUGUCGUUUACUUUUCUGAUGGGUCUUCCUUUUAUACCAAACGACUAAUUAGCUCUAGAGGACUAGUUAGUUUAAUUAUUUUGCUUCAAAAGACCAAUUUAUUGUUUUAAAACUAUUUGGACUUCCUUAUAGCCGAUUGCUCCGUGCGUUCCCUUGCGCCUUCUGUAUGUAUAUGCACCACGAACAAGGAAAUAGCGCUGGACAAGAAUAAUGAAGACCCCGUGGACAAGUUUGAUUUUAGUUUUUCCACUAGAUAAUAAGAAAAAAGGACGCAUUUUCUUUUACUGUUUUUGCCUCAGUCUUAAAUCAAAGGAAAGUUGAUUCAUGUUAGGUUUUCUUGUUUCAGGUGUUGUUUGCAACACGACUCAUGCUAUGAUCGCUUGACAAAAAACAGUAUUUGCUCGGAAUUGGCAACGUAUUAUUCUAUUUAUCGCUACAAUGGAUGUCGUCAAUGUGGUAAGAAUUUGCACAGUAAAAUUUACUUUAGAGUCUAAACCGUUCGCUAUAAAGCUCAUGUUUAAAAACGUCUCCCUGACCUAGACUGUAUACUGUUAAUGAAUCUAUGUGUAGGCCAUUUUUUUCCAUUCACACUAAAGUUUAAAAUUGUUCAGAUACUAUAUAGUUAAAUUAUAAACACAAUAGCCCUGGUUCUUACGAUACAGUUCAGUGAUGCGGAGGCUGUGUGGUUUAAGCAUACCCCAGAGAGUAUGUAUUUUGUCAAAGACGCACCUUUCUCAUAGCAAUGUCAUUUUCCCGAAAGAUGAUUUAAAUUUCAAAAUAUUUUCCGAGAGACUGUUGAUCAUUUCUAAAUCUAAACAAUAGCCUAAAAUUCGCCUCCAAAGAAAUCCUAUGUCUAGAAAGCAUUUUGCAAAGUCAAUCAGUACAACCACCCGUACCUGUUGGGCAUCCAAUAACAGCCUCUGAAAUUCAUUUAAUUCAAAAUUGCCGCCAUAUCGACAAAAAGGUUUAUAACAACAUUGGUUCCUUUAUAAAACUACUUUCCGUCGUCUACACAACGAAUAAAGGCACAAGUUAAAGAUACUAUGUAAAAGCUUGUCUAGCAGUUUUCUGUCGCCUACUUUAUUUUGCAAGACGCUUAGGCCCUUUUAAAACGUCGUGCUACUGCCGUGCCGAACUCAAUUGCUCGAAUUAAAUUCGACUUUAGCACGGCAGUAGCGCGACGUUUGAAACCAAGUCGUGCUACUGCCGUGUAGCACGGCAAGCCUUGCUGUGCUACACGGCAGUAGCUCGACUUGGUUUCAAACGUGGUGCUACCGCCGUGCCGAACUCAAUUCAUAAAUUAUAAAUACAUUAGCUAUACAUUAGACUACAUUUAAAAGUUUGCUAAACCGUUUCUAUAUUUUUGUGUUUUGUUUUCGGCAACAGCCGUUCUAUUCGACGGAAUUAAAUUCGACGUCUGAAACCAAGUCGUGCUAGUGUCGUGCUGCAGUCGAGCUACAGUCGAGCCAGCUUAGCACGGCAGUAGCACGACCUUUAAAACAGGCCUUAGGUUAACAAAAUACUGCUUUGUUGAUGUCAAUCAAGAAUAAGUUGGUCGUCUUAAUUUCGAGCCCGCUGACCAAAAUCGGCUGAGAGAAUGCUUAAACCAUUUGGAACAUGUUAUGGUAUCGAUGUUUUCGAAGAUUACUAGAAACAAUCCAAGACAAUGAGAAGAUUUGUCUGUCGUUUAAUUCUAGCUUGUUUUUUUUUUUUUCAGUACCUGAAUCCGAGUACCCUCUUGAUGACCUUCAAAAACAAUGCAAGAAAGCUCUUUGUGAAUGUGACAGCAAGGCUGCCAAAUGCUUUGCUUCAUCAAGCUUUAAUCAUUCAUAUAUAAACUACGAUACUACUAAGUGUUAA